GGCGGUGCUUGUGUGGGAGUCGUUUCCUAAACUUCCAUGUUAUUAUGUGACAGAGGAGCGGAGGAGGUCCGUGUGCACGGGGACAGGUACCCGCAGCUUUGACUAGCCAUGUUGUGUUGGGGGCACUCUAUUUUUGGACAACUUGGAUUUUAUCAUGAUUUUUUAACUAUAACCCCCGAACCCAAAAGAUCUCCCUUCCCCCUGUCUAAUUUCAUCAAGCAAGUGGCCUGUGGAGAGAAUCAUUCUGUGUUCCUACUAGAAGAUGGGCGAGUGUAUAGCUGUGGAUGCAAUAGCGCAGGGCAGCUUGGUCAUGAUCACGACGAUUACACACCAGGAUAUGUGAGCGCUUUGGCAGACGAGCAUAUAAUUCAUGUAGCAUGUGGACAGGCACAUAGUGUUGCAAUCAGUAGCGAAGGUCAUCUCUUCUCAUGGGGUGCUGGGACUGAAGGACAACUCGGUCAUUCCACAACAGGGGACCUUUAUGUUCCAUUUCCAAGGCUUAUCAAGAAAUUAAGUCAGCAGAGGAUUCUGCAGGUAUCAUGUGGAAACCAGCACUGUUUGGCGCUUUCAGAUGAUGGACAGUUAUUGUCCUGGGGACAGAAUGACCAUGGACAACUAGGUAUUGGCCAUCGAUGUAGUCAGCAGUCCAGUCCGCAGCGUGUGAAAUCCUUGGAGGGGAUACCACUAGGUCAGGUCACAGCAGGGGGUGAUCACAGUUUUGCCUUGUCCCUGUCGGGGGCUGUGUUUGGCUGGGGAAAGAACAGUUCGGGUCAACUCGGCUUGAAUGAUGAGCAAGUCCGAUUAUCGCCAUGUCAUGUAAAACCAUUGCGCUCCCAGAAAGUUGUGUAUAUCAGUUGUGGGGAAGAGCACACGGCAGUCCUAACAAAGACUGGUGGAAUCUUUACAUUUGGAGCCGGGGUCCAUGGGCAGCUGGGACAUGAUUCCUUUCACAAUGAGAUCAAUCCAAGGCGUGUACUAGAACUAAUGGGCAGCGAGGUUUCCCAGAUCGCAUGUGGAAAACAGCACACUAUUGCCUUUGUGCCUUCUUCGGGUGUACUCUAUGCAUUUGGAUGUGGAGAACAGGGCCAGCUUGGUACUGGAUCCACGAGUAAGGUUAUUUGUCCUAUACCUGUAAAAGGCAGGUGGUGGCCUCACAAUGUACAGAUCCCAUCUUCAGUUGAUCCAUCAUCGUUCAGUAUCAUCAAACGCAUCUUCUCUGGAUGGAAUAAAACAUUUGUGAUUUGCUCAAAGCCAGAGAGCCCUGAACCUUCCGAUGAUUUCCGCUCCUGUAAAACCGUGAAUUCCACCAGUCAGAUAAACGAUGAGACCAUUGAUUUGUGGAGGCAGAAAGUAAUUGAUCAUAGUCAUUCCAACACCAUCAACAGCAUCGUUCAGACAUUGUCCUCUUCAGCUUGCUGGAAUGGGAGUUUUCUGGAGAAAAAAAAUGAUGAGCAUUUUAAGACCAGCCCCAAGAUCCCAGGACUUGACAUGCAAUCUAUUAAAGUACUGUUUGAGAAGCUGAUGAAUACCCACCAUUCCAGGUUACUAGAGCAGAUCCUUAAGGGCUUUGAAAGUUUUCUGAUACCACAGUUGCCCAGCUCUCCGCCAGACGUAGAAGCAAUGCGAAUUUACCUCAUUCUCCCCGAAUUCCCUCUGCUGCAGGACUCCAAAUACUACAUAACUCUGACUCUCCCAUUAGCUAUGGCUAUUUUACGGCUAGACACUAAUCCGAGCAAAGUGCUAGACAAUUGGUGGUCUCGGGUCUGCCCAAACUACUUCUUCAGAUUGGUUGACCUGUAUAAAGGAGCAGUGGUCUAUUUGCUGAACGGGCGCAAGACUUUGCUGAUCCCUGUACUGUUUGCCAGCUACAUCACUGCUGCUCUCAGACUCCUGGAAAAACUGCACAAGGUGAACGUGAAGGCCCAGCACGUGGAGCAUGAUCAAUUCUACAUUCCUGAGAUAUCCAGCUUGGUGGACAUACAAGAAGAUUACCUGAUGUGGUUUCUAAACCAGGCAGGGCUGAAAGUUCAUCCAUCAAUUAUGCAGGAUUCAGUGACGCUCUGCUCUUACCCGUUUGUGUUUGAUGCUCAAGCCAAGACCAAAAUGUUACAGACAGAUGCUGAGCUACAGAUGCAGGUAGCGAUAAAUGGAGCUAACCUGCAAAAUGUCUUCAUGCUGCUGUCCUUGGAUCCCAUGCUGGCCAAAAAUCCCUACCUGGUCCUGCAUGUGAGGAGAACAAGCCUGGUGUCUGAUGCUUUGAGAGAGCUCAGUAUUCACUCUGAUAUAGACUUGAAAAAGCCUCUUAAGGUGAAAUUUGACGGGGAAGAGGCCGAGGAUGACGGUGGAGUCACUAAAGAAUUCUUUCUCUUGCUUCUCAAAGAACUUUUGAACCCCAUCUAUGGCAUGUUCACUGUCUACCCCGAUUCUGACCUGAUCUGGUUCUCAGACAUAUGUUUUGUAGAGCACAAUUGGUUCCAUCUGAUUGGCAUUAUGUGUGGUUUGGCCAUCUAUAACUUCACGGUGGUUGACCUCUAUUUUCCUUUGGUGCUAUAUAAGAAGCUUCUGAAUGUGCCAGCCACUUUAGAAGAUCUCAAGGAGCUGUCCCCUACAGAAGGAAGGAGUCUUCAAGAACUUUUGGACUACCCUGGAGAAGAUGUUGAGGAGACAUUCUGCCUUAAUUUCACGAUCUGUAGGGAAAGUUAUGGACUGGCGGAAAUGAAACCCUUGGUGCCUGGAGGAGACCAGAUAACUGUGAAUAAAGAAAAUAGGAAAGAAUUUGUAGAUUCUUAUGUUGACUAUGUCUUCAACCAGUCAGUACAAGAAUGGUAUGAAGCAUUCUCCACAGGAUUUCUAAAAGUUUGUGGUGGGAAAGUGUUGGAGCUCUUUCAGCCAUCUGAACUCAGAGCCAUGGUUGUUGGCAGUAGUAACUAUAACUGGCAGGAGCUGGAAGAGAGUGCUGUGUACAAAGGUGAAUACUCGGCUGUGCACCCUACUGUUAGGAUGUUCUGGGAGACAUUCCAUGAAUUCCCGCUGGAGAAGAAAAAGAAGUUUUUAUUGUUUCUCACCGGCAGUGACCGUAUUCCUAUCUACGGCAUGUCCAGCUUGCACAUAAUCAUCCAGUCUAUAUCCAGUGGGGAGGACUACCUGCCUGUAGCUCACACUUGCUACAACAUAUUGGACUUGCCCAAAUACAGCAGCAAAGAAAUCCUCAGGAAAAGACUCACCGAAGCCAUAGAUCAUUACGAGGGCUUCAGCUUGGUGUGAGAUGUGCUGAGUUUCCAUGCUUCCCUCUGUCUAUUUGCACUUUAUCUCUCAUGGGCUUAUUUAAUAUUAAUGUAAAAUACACUCAAUAUUGUAUACAUUAAAAAUACUUCAGUUUCUAUUUUUGUAAAGGAGCCAAAUUUAAAAAAAAUGUUAUGGUGAAAUCCUAAGUGGAUUUCAUAACAUUGAUUGCUUUGACUUUCUGAUGUCUUGUUUUAUUCAUAGUUUUUAUUCUUUCAUUUAUAAUUCUCACCAUGUGGAUUGUGUUAUAUCUAGUAGUAAGUAGUAAACUUACGAUAAUUUCCCAGACUGAUGAUCAGUUUGUCAUCUGACAGAAUCCUUCCAUAGCUAUUGAAGGCCUCAGGUAUAUGAUGUGUCGCUGAUCUGAUGCUUGUCAAGUUCUGUUCAUGAACCUUGGGCCCCUGUAUAUAGGUUAUAUACAUAUAGGUCCCUUAAUUCCAGCUGUGUGAAAUCACAGGCAAUGAUUCUAUUUGAAUGGAAAAAUCAUUUUUUAUCCUGUAAUUACAUUGAUUACAGAAACAUAAUCAUAUUAUGCAAAGUGAGAAGAACAGACAUUGCUAUGCUACCACCUAUAACCUGGGCCUACGCUGAAACUCAUUUAGGGCCCAACUCAUAUCAGUGAGCCUCUUUCUCUGUAAUAACCAUGUAGAGACUCUCUACUCCUUGAAUAUCUGGAAAACUACAUAUCUGCAAUAAUGCAUUUUGGGUUAUAUUUUCAAUUUUUCUCUAUAAUAAUCUUGUACAGAUUCUCUACUCCUAGCAUAUCUGGAAAAAUACAUAUCCGCAAUUAUGCUUUUUAUCUUCAAUUUUCCAACCUGGUCCAAGUGAUUCACGAAGAUCUCGAGAAGCUGAAUAAAACAAAAUGCAAUGGAAAAAAACUUUGUAUAGUUCUUCUAAUUAAUAAAAAAAUCUUUUUUAAA